AUGAAUCAAUUUUCAGAUUUUUCAUUCCUUGCUCGAGCGAUUGCAGAUUUUUGCAUCUUAAUAUGGUCAAUCAUACAUAUAUAUAGUAUUGACAAAUUUGAUGCAUUGCGAUGGAAAGUUAUAAAAAGAAAAGAAGUCAAAUCCAUAAUGACGAUCUUAUAUCUAUUAUCCAUAACGCUAAUAUUAACCUACGAUGUAAUCUGCUCAAAGAUCAAAUAUUCUGAAGGAUUCAUCCUUGAACCAACUAAACAUAUAAUCAUUGGUAAACCGCGAGAGCAAUGGUCACCAGAGAACAAACAAUUAAAACGUAUGGCUCAUCUCAUACUCAUGAUUUUUUAUGCCGUUGAGAAUUCCGCUAUAUUUUUAUUACAGAAUUUUUGGAAUUUUUUGGCCAAUGACAUUGUUAGAGUGAAAUUUAUCACCACUUGGCAAUUUAGGAUAAAUUAUGCUUUUAUCGCUAUCACCUUGAUCGUAUUCCCUUGCAUUCCUUUCUUUUUUAAUACCAAUGAUAAAAAAAUGGAUUCUUCCAACAUCCAAGAAUUAAAAGUGUAUCAGAAAAAACAAACUUUUGAAGAGGUCGUUCCUCAACUGGCGGCAAUGUCUUGUAAUUUAUUUGUAUUAGCUUAUGGGUUAAUGGCUCACCUUAAAUUUUCCAUCCUUAUUAAACAAAAUAAUCAAAAUCAUAUAUCCGAUCGUCUAAAAUAUUAUAGAUACAUGAAUGGUUUAUUGAUUUUAAUUAUCGGAUUAGGUGCUAGUACAAUGGUUAUAUUAAAUGUUGAUGCUCUUACGGAGAAGCAAUAUUUGAACAAAAAUAAAUUUACCAUCGAUUUAUUUGCCGGUAUAAUCAAUUUUUCGAUGGUCGCUUGUUGGAUCGUUUGGCUUUUGAUAUUUUAUCCACGAUUACUUCCAAAUGAUGGUGGAUAUUUAAAGUUAUCAUCCCCGUCAGCAUCAUUUAAAUCUCAUAAAGGUUCCAAAGAAAUCUUUGAUAACAAGAAUGUCAAACAUAUUGAAAUCAAAAUUGAUUCCACCACCGUAAUAAACCAAUCAAAUUAUGACGGUCGAAACUACGACUUUAUGAGCGGAAAUUAUCGAGGGCACAGUAGUGACGAUAUACCUUUACCUCCAGCUUUGGCUACCAAUUACAAGCAAGUCUUUUCGUACGCUAAAGCUGGUUCUCCAAAGCAUUCUCGGAAAUUUUAA